AUAUUCUAUUAAAUGCAUUUGAUUGUUCGUAGUCCUAUACAACGGAGAUAAACUCCGCUUACCUCCGGCGGUCAAUCCGAAACAUGACACUGCAUCUCUGCACCAACGUCAUCCGGAAUCCUCCCUAAGCAUCAAACUGUCCCAAUAUCGACCUCGACAUGGAACCUCCCAGAAAUCGAAAACAACGACGCGCCGCUGCGGCCGCUGAUUCUUUCGACGCCUCCCCCAUCCCACUCGCCCACCCACCGCGAGGUACCGCGUCAGAUGGCCAGAAAAGCGAGAGAACGCUAGUGGACAUCAUCGCGGAACGAAAGGAAAGCCUUCUGUCCGCUGAAGGCAUCACAGACACAGCAUACGCGAAGGCAGGCCCGGGGACGCGAUUCGUGACGGUUGACCCGUCGUCGGGGGAGAUAUCGGGAUUCGAUCCAAGUGUCCAGGGAGAAAACAAAGAGACUGCCCAAGAGGAGGAUGAGAAACAUGAAGUCGACGAGCCGCUGCCUGCAUUCCUCGAUACGGUCCUGCUCUCGUUCCCCUUGACAACUCUCCAUCUGACACUGGCCUAUCUCGCGGCCCAUCAAUACGCGGUCGAGAUCCCAGUCUCCAAUCUCCUCCGGGAAUCAGCAUUCAUCACGUUUCCCAUCCUAACACUCCUCAUCCACCUGGCUCAUGGCCACAUCAUCUCAUUUGGUCGCCUUGCGACAACAAAUGACGAACCAUUGCUCUUCCCUCUAACCCCCGAAAAACUAUCCAUAUCCUUCCUUCGACGAUUGAUAUUCCCACCAUCGCUAAAGACGCUCAUUUUCCUGUCGCUGGCUGUUUUCCUCGGUGUCAAGUUGAUGACUAUCACGAAUAACGCGCCAUAUUAUGCUGUGAUGAAACGUGCGCCGGCUAUUGGGACGUUGUGGGUGUGGUGCAUACUGGAGGUUCCGUUGGGUGCGUCGGUUUUGGGGGCUUUGGGGCCGCUGGGUUGGGGGGUUUGGUAUAAGGGAUAUGGUAUUUUCUAGAAGUGUCUGAUGGACCUUUGACUAGGGUGAAGCACGCUCAACGAGAUAGCUAUAUUUACGGUGUCAGCAGUGAACGAGUAAUAUUCUUGUUGCGACAAGCUUACAGCAAUUUCGGUACAUUCGUUGCAGCACACGGGGUACACUCAUAGCAGUUAUUGAGAUCUGAAAACAUACAUGAACAACAGCAAGUUGGCCAAAGGGCCUGGCUCAACUGGCAAAUCAGGCCUACUACUACGUGCCUGGCAUCACCUCGGCUAGUGUUGCGACGACAAUUGCCUGGAAUG